AGACUAUGGACUCUCCCACCGCUACACACAGGAUUUGAUCGCUGCGGACGGCCGAAACCCUAGUUUUCUCUCCGAUCACGUCCCUCUACUUCUCUCUGGAUUCUUGGGCCGCAUUCAAUAUAUUUUGGAGAUUGGCGAAAUACAUUUGAUUUUAAUAUAAAGGAAAAGGCUCCGUCGCCGGAGUGUUUGCUCUCUUCGGUUUGGGUUUUAGAUUUUUGAUUGGUCGACUAUGGCCACGGACAACUCGCAGUCGGCCGCGGAGGUUGUCUCAAACGGCGGCGAGGGUAGCAGUCCUGUGUCGCAGCGGCGGAGUUUAUCCUCUCCUUGGGCAUCGGUCGUUCGUGGAGAUCCCGAGCAGAACUCCUCGCCUGCAUCCGGAGUUCCUGGCUCUUCUCUGUCUCCGCCGCAGGAGCAGUUUUCUGCUUCAGAAAACUCUUCGAUAGAUAGUUCGGCCUCUGACGCGCAGCCCGAGAACUCUGGCGUCAACGGCGAUAACAAUGCUGGUCGCCCCAGGAGGCCUGCGUGGAACACGCCGUUAAACGGUGCUCCUGAGCCUGCUACUGUUAUGGGCGGGGCCGUUUCCUGGCCGGCACUCUCGGAAACAACCCGAUCGGUGCCGAAAGCAUCCUCCGAUGUUUCCCGACCUGUGGCCGACGGAUCAGUUUAUUUACCUCAGGUUAAUGCUCCUCUGAUAUCUCAACCUCCUCAGAGACCAGUCAAUCAUAAUGUUCAUUCUAAUUCCUCUGUGAACAAUUCAAUGCCUUCUCGAGCAAGGCCAAGGAACCGCGGUGGGAGUAGCUCCUCAUUGAGUGGUACAUCUCAAAAUGCUUUUAAUCAGCAACCACUCCCUAUGCCACCACCACCGCCUUUUCAUGUUUUUGAGGUACCUUAUGGGAUGGUUCCCCCUGUGUUGGAUAAUCCUGUAAGAGGUCCAAGACCCAUUGGAGGUUCACAUUCACAUGCUGGCAAUGACCAUCCUCAGAGAAAUAACCCAAGAAGGGGGGGUGGUUAUGGCCCUCGACCCCGAGGAGAAGGACCACACCCCAAUAGCCAUGGCAGGCGUGAGCAAGAUCGUAGAGAUGUCCAUCGCCCACCCCAUUAUCUACCUCCUCACAUGGGGUAUAUGCCGUCUCCACUGCCUCCUGGUGCUGCUCCAUUGAUGGCACCUGGACCUGUUAGAGUGUUCCCUGGACAAAUGGGUUUUGAUGGGCCACCUGCCCCGUUUAUCUAUGUCCCGACAAUGACUCCAGAAUCUUUUAGGGCUGUGCAAAUUGGUCCUCCACCACCUCCGUUCUAUCCUCCUGCUGAUAGUUUAACAAGCAAGAUUGUUAAGCAAAUAGACUUCUAUUUCAGUGAUGAUAAUUUGGCAAAAGAUAAGUUUUUGAGGUCAAAGAUGGAUGAGCAUGGUUGGGUGCCGAUUACUUUAAUUGCCUCUUUUCGUCGAAUUGAUCAACUGACAAAGGAUGUUCCCUUGAUUUUGGAGUCCUUGAGAUAUUCUACGGUUGUGGAAGUCCAGGAUGGCAAGGUGAGGAGGCGCAAUGAGUGGAGAAAAUAUCUACUGCCAUCCGGUCUGGUUCUUCCAAAUUCAGCUUCCAGCACCUCUGUGGCACCCCAAAAUGAGCUAGCAACCUCCUUACAAAAUGUUUCACUAGACAACAAUUCAGGAACUAAAAAGACAGAUUCAGAGCAAGUUCACGCUGAGAUGACUACUGGCAAGCUCAUGCCUGAGAACCUGAUUAAUCAGUCGGGAUUGGCUCCUGUAGACAGCACCGCUGAAGGAGAUCGCACCGUAAGCGUAUGAAACUGUUUUCGGAACACAAUUUUGCGUACUCAAGCCGGAGGAGACUAAAUGCCUACAUAUGGUAACCGUUUUAGCCAGAGGAGGUGGGAGUGGUCUGACUACGUCAAACAUCUUUUAGCUUCUGGACUGGAUCUUUUGCCAAUAUUUUGCUGCUGACAUGGAUUGCAAUUGUUUUGUGCCAAUGGUUUUGAGUGCUUUACUCUUGGAUGAUUUGCAGAAGAAACUGUGUUUUGAGGUGAAACUUUUCUCAGUACACCGGUGCAUUUUGAAAAUGAAAUUUAAAAGUCGAUGGUAAA